GGUCUAGUGGCAAAUCUGCGUAAGAUGCGCUCCUACUUGGCUCGCCUCAUCUCCGGCGCGCCAGCUGUCACCAGUUCAUCUAGUGGUCAACAGCCUCUCCUCCCACUGACUUUCUCGCCCGUCUGCAAAAGCCCGAAGUCUCCGUCACGUCGCCUUUCCAUCUCCUUCUCCAAGACCCGUUCUGCUGCGGGCGGCACCAGCCUGCUCGUUGUGGCCUUUAUGAUCCUCGCGUGGGCCACCAUUAUACCUCUACCUGAUUUAAAAACCUCCGGCAGAUCGCUUAACAAUCCGAGCCAGAGGCCGAUUUCUCCGAAUCCACCUUUUACGACCGACUGGCCAGAUGAGCCUUCAAAGUCAUUGCCAGUCCAACGCAGGGAAGUUAUUGGAUCCUCUGCACUGGAAGAUCUCUGA